GGAUUUCCGUUUUUACUCAUUCUACAAUAAAAAAAAACAAUUUAGUUACAUUACCGAUGUUGUACUAUUAAUAAACAUUCCCGACCUUCGUCCGGAAACGUUAUAAUUGCUGUAACGUCGCUAUUAAUCCCAUUAAAAAAUUAAAUUAACGACUAUAACCACUCUCCAUUUGGCUGCAUAACUCGAACGAAAAGGCGCUCAUGGGAUUUCCUGCGGAGAUCGGGUCUAAAACUACGUCAGUCAUAUUAAAGAGCGCUCAUUGGUCAAGGAUUUCCCGAUGGAGAUCGGGCCUAAGACGACGUCAGUCGACAGUCAAAUUAAAGGGCGCUCAUUGGUCGGGGAUUUCCCGAUGGAGAUCGAACCUAAGACGACGUCAGUCGACAGUCAAAAUGACCCGUGGCAAUCAGCGCGAACUGGCCAGAGCCAAGAACCAGAAGAAGCAGAAGGAGGUGGAGAAGAGCAAGAGGAGCGACGGCCUCACCGUCGAGCAGCGGAGGAUCCGGGACGCCGAGGCGUUGCGGGAGAAGCAGAAGAGGAAAGGGGAGCGCGUCGAAUCGAACAGGAACUGAACGGCGUUCGUCUAAUUUUUCGCGAAGAAGAUGGUGAAGGAGAGCGGUAAAUUGUACCGCUUGAAAUUUUUAGACUACCAAUAUUCGAUGUGUUCCGAACCAAUUGCAAUAAUGUUCCGAAAGACUUCUAUUCAUUAUACCUACAUGCACAAAUAUAAUUUACUUUCUUAUAGGAUUGUAUAGAUAAACGGAAAGUUUCGUUAAUCAGAGUAACUCGUCUCGUUGAUAAGAUAUAUUUCGAGUAGAAAUGGUGUGUAAAUAAGUCUUUUUUUUAACGCAAUUUAAACAAGCGCAAAUAUUAUCGCCCGGUAUAUUCUCUGUAUUGAUUCUAACGAUAUUACCUGUACAUAGGAAGGUAUAAUAAUAAUGAAAAACGCAACGUUAUCAUCGCAAUAAAACACGCACAUCAAGGUUGCUGCAGUAAAAUAAAAACAUAAUGAUUCCGUGUGUAAAAGUGCAAAUAUUUGUGCAAUUUACAAUCGAAUUGCAGGAAAAUUAACAAUGAUUCAACGUUGACGAAUUUGAACCUUAUUUACGUUACAAAAUAUUAUACGAUUUCACGGUAUUUAAAUUCGUAUGAAGAUUAAACAAAUUCAACUCGAGUAGGAAUAUUUUUGUAGUUUGCACAUAGUGUAGUUAAGAAAAUGUAGGCUAGAUGAAAAAUGAUACUUAUAUGCAUUUCAAUGUAUCACAUUCCACGUUCGGAAAAUACGAUGGUACUUUAAUAAUACACAUUGGUUCAUUUCAGUUUGCAAUAUGGACAUUUCUACGAUUACUAAAAUGACAGAUGUUAAAUUGAAAAGUUGCAAUGACAUAAAUAUUACUAUAUUACUAUAUCCUUUACAAGUGUCUAAUGAAUAAGUUGUCUUUAUUGCAAACCAAAGUAAAUCAACCUGUAUACGUUUAUCCUUUAAACUUUAAAUGAUAUGUUAGUUACUUUGGAAUAUGACGUAAGGAAAACAAAGUUAGGGUGUUAUCAGAACUGAUUAAAAGCGAGCAAAAAAAAUAUAUUAUUUACGGUACUAUUUCGUCACGUUCUAAGAAAAUUUGUUAUCAUCUCAUAAUAAUUCAAACAUGCAAUAAUAUACACGACAAACCGAUAUAAUCUUUUAGCGAUACCCAUCUAGUUACCGAGAAAAAUAACUAUUCAAACCUUAUUGUUUUUCGUCGAACUGC